AGCGCUUAUUUAGUUCUCAACUUUUGAGAGAGAGCCAUCUAGUGACAGGCGUGAUAAACUCGCGUGAGUGAUUAGUGCCAUUGUGUAGUGUUUCCGAAGAUCCUUAGUAAUCAAUAUGCCCGGACGUCCAAUCUGGCAGUGUGCCAACAAACGUGAGCCUGAAAAGGAGCAAGAAGCCCAAAGAUGGAUUGAAGCGGUGAUCGGAGAGAAGUUCCCCGCAGAUGUUCCAUAUGAACACGCCCUUCGUAAUGGAAUCAUUCUCUGCAAACUCAUGAACAGGCUUCAGCCAGGAAUCAUCUCUAAAGUGAACAUCUCAGGUGGCGACUACAAGUUCAUGGACAACAUUAGCCAAUUCCAAAAGGCCUGUAUCAAAUACGGGGUUCCGGACACGGACCUCUUUCAAUCUACUGACCUCUGGGAUCAAAAGAACAUCGCACUGGUGACGCAAACGAUCUUUGCCCUCGGCAGGACGUCAUACAAGCACCCAGAAUGGCGCGGUCCCUUCCUUGGCCCUAAGCCUGCUGAAGAAAACCGCCGUGAGUUCAGCGAAGACGUCCUUCGGGCCGGAGAGGCCGUUAUCGGCUUACAAGCCGGUACAAACAAACUGGCUUCACAAUCUGGACAAAGCUUUGGUGCUUCACGCAAGAUCAUUCUCGGCAAGUAAAGUACCAGGGCGCUAGAAACAAGAAGCGUUAUAGCAAUUUGUAGUAUGACGAGGUUUAUAAGGGCACUUAGGGCAUAAUAUAUAUUUUGUAAUUUAUUAUUUUUUUAUAGAUCUGUGAAUAUAACGACACAGUUUAUUUAUAGUUUUGUAUUGUAUAAUUAAGUGUUAAAUAUAAGUUGAUUUCAUGAACUGUUACUCUCUAAAGUAAAUAUUCGACUCCAAAUAUAAUUGAUAUACAUAGGUACCUACCUACUUAAGUGUACCUUCUUAAAAAGUGAGAAAUUAUUAGGAAAAUCUCCUUUUUUAUUUUUAAGUUAUUAUACGUUUAUGUAUUAAUAUAUCUCAUAAAACCUACCUAUUAAAUACAUCGAUGUGAAUAUAAGACGUUAAAUACAAUGGAUUAACUUAUGCACUAAAAAAAGAGCAAUCUGCUGAGUUUCUUGCCGGCUCUUGGUGCCUUACGAACCGGUGGUAGAGUCGCUACAAACAGACUGACUUGACGUUUCAAAAGUGCUUAUAAACUGGGCCUACUUGAUAUAAAUUAAUUUUGACAUUUGAAUUUUACUAUAACUACCUACGAAUAUUUUCGCUGUUAUAAAAAAAAAAAGUAGCUACCUAUUUUUGGUGUAUAACAAAAUGCUGUGAUCUAGGAAACCAAAAAUGUAUACAUUUAUUAUAUAAAACUCAAAGAGGUUAAUCAAUAGACCCAGGUAGAUACUAUCAUUUAAUUUAUAUCUUCGCUUAUAGUAUCUAAGUAUUUUGAAAAGUUGUUUUAGCAAAGUAGGCAGGUACCUACAAGAUAAAUAAAAACUACGUGAACAUUGCGUUAACGUAGAUAUGUGAGUAGGUAGAGAUAAGAAAAAAAUAUUAUUUUAUUUAUAAAUAGGAUUAUGUAUAUGAUACAAGUAAAUAGGUAUUUUGAUGUUUAUUAAUAUAUAAUUUAUUUAUUUUUUAAUAAAUAAAGGGCAGGCGCCUGCCUAUUAGUAUGUAUUCUGUAUUUUAUCCGCUAGGUUUCAUAAAGGUGCCAAAGACUAAAAUAUAACCUAUGAUGUUAGUAAACUAUUUGAAAUACCUUUUUAUACAGCUAAAUUUGUUAGAUUCAACGUUACUUAUAUUUUUAUGUAAAAUAUUAAACCUUUAGGUAUUUUUAAUUUUAAUAUACCUAGUACCCAUAACCCACCCAUUAAUUGAAUCACAGUUGCCGAUACCUAAGUUCUGAAAUAAAAUGUAUAAUCUAA